AGAACUUCCGCUCGAGAUUCGAAUAAGCCGGAAGUGACGUCACGUCUUCAAAAAAGGCGGGAAGGCGUUGCCCACCCGCCGCUCGCUCGGGGUCUGAGGGGGAAUCGCGAAACCCGAUAAAGUUUUAAGAACCGAUAACCGAAUAAACAAACAAGGGGGACAAUGUACAUCAAGUCGAUCGUGGUGGACGGCUUCAAGUCGUACGCCCAACGCACAGAGAUCUCCGACUGGGAUCCGCUGUUCAACGCCAUCACUGGGCUCAAUGGCAGCGGCAAAUCCAACAUCCUGGACGCCGUUUGCUUUGUGCUCGGCAUCUCCAACCUGUCUCAGGUGAGAGCAGCAAGUCUGCAGGAGCUGGUCUACAAGAACGGCCAGGCUGGCGUUACAAAGGCAACCGUCUCCAUUACAUUCGACAACCGUGACCGGAAACAGAGCCCCCUGGGGUUCGAAGGCCAUGCGGAAAUCACCGUCACCAGACAGGUGGUGAUUGGCGGCAGGAACAAGUAUCUGAUCAACGGGGUGAACGCCACCACGGCGCGUGUGCAGGACCUCUUCCGCUCUGUGGGCCUCAACGUCAACAACCCCCACUUCCUCAUCAUGCAGGGUCGCAUCACCAAGGUUUUGAACAUGAAGCCUCCUGAGAUCCUGGCGAUGAUUGAGGAGGCUGCGGGGACCAGGAUGUAUGAGAGCAAGAAACUGGCAGCGCAAAAGACUAUCGAGAAGAAGGAGGCCAAACUUAAGGAGAUCAACGACGUUCUGGAUGAGGAAAUUUCUCCAACGCUGGAAAAACUCAAACAGGAGCGCACCUCCUACCUGGAAUACAGCAAGCUGUGCCGGGAGCUGGAUUCUCUCCGGCGCCUGGUGAUCGCUCACCAGUUCUCCACGGCGAGCCAGGGCCAGGAAAACGCCGCUCUGCACCUCCAGAAGCUGCGUACUGAUGAGCAGGAGGCGCGAGAGGAGGUAGAGAGGCUGGAGGAGGAGGAGAAGAAGAGGGAGGGAGAGCUGCGGGAGAUGGAGAGGGAAAGGGACAAGGAGGCCGGAGGGGAUCUGUCCCGUGUGGAGGAGGCCCUGACCCAGGCCCAGCGUGCCCACGCCAAGGCCCAGAGCACCCUGGACAUCCGCACAGAGGCCCUGGCUACGGAGCAGGCCCACAGGGAGCAGCUGCUCGCUAACAUGCAGGAGGACGCCAUUGCCCGCGACGCCAAGCGCUCCCAGGUUGUGGCGCUGGAGGCGGCGCUGGCGUCGGCGUUGGCAUGCUCCCAGGAAGCGGCGAGGGGCCUGCAAGAAGCUCAGGCGCGCUUCGCGGCGGCCUCGGUGGGCCUCUCGGAGGAUGGGCAAGGUGGCCACGCCGCCACGCUGGCCGAGCAGAUCCUGAAGUGCCGCCAGGAGGCCAGCCAGGCCCAGACUGAAGCUGCGCAGGCUCAGAUGAAGCUGUCCCACGUGCAGCGCGAGCUGCAGCAGCGCAAGGCGGAGGAGGGCCGCACCACGGAAGCCUACACUCGCGACCAGCAGGCUCUGUCUCGCUUGAAGACCCGAGCCCAGGGCCUACUCAGGGACAUGGCCGCCCUGGGCUACACGGAGGGCCAGCUGGAGAUGCUGCAGAAGAAGAUGAAGGAGCUGGCCGCGGAGGAGUCGGCGAUGAGAGAAAAAGUAGACCGGGCGGUCGCCAGCAUGCCCCAGCUCCAGUUUGAUUACCGGGACCCCGAGCGGGGCUGGGACCGUGGCCGUGUGCGGGGCCUGGUGGCGUCUUUGCUCCGCGUGGAGGAUCCUGCAUCCGCCACUGCUCUGGAGGUGGUGGCCGGGGGUAAACUCUACAACGUGGUGACUGACACCGAGUUGACAGGGAAGCUCCUGCUGGAGCGUGGCUGCCUGCGGCGCAGAGUCACGGUGAUUCCGCUGAACAAGAUCAGCCCCAGCGUCACCCCCCCCAGCGUCAGCACCAUUGCGCGCAGCCUCGCGGACGGUGUCUCUCCCGCGCUGUCCCUCGUGUCUCCGCGCUCUCCCUGUGAUCUCCCUGCGCUGGAGUUUGUUUUCGGCGCGGCGUUCGUCUGCCCGACGAUGGACGCGGCGCGUGCCGUGGCCUUCGACCCUCGGGUGUCCACGCGGGCGGUGACGCUGGACGGGGACUCCUUCAGUCCGCACGGCACACUCACUGGGGGGGCGCGGGCACAGGUGGUGAGCGUGCUGGUGAGAGUGGAGCAGCUGCUCACCCUGCAGGAUAAGCUUAAAGAGUUGGAGGAGAAGGGGAAGAGGAUGGACGAGGAGGCUCGCACACUCACCAAGCUCGCAGAGAGGCACCGUGAGCUGCGCCAGCAGCAGGAGUUGGUGGCGCAGGAGGUGGAGCAGCUGCAGCAGAAGCUGGAGCUCAGCACUCACCAUAAGCUCCAGACGGAGCUCGCCGCACUCGCCACCUCCAUCGAGGAGCUGAGUGCGGCGCCUGCUCUCUGCGAGGAGCGGAGAGCGGCCGCGUUGCAGCGCCUCCACUCCCUGGAGGAGCGACUCCAGAACGCCGAGCGGGACCGGCGCCACGAGCAGGAGGGGGCCUCUAGCGCCCUCGAGUUGGCACGGGGGACAGCCCAGAAGCUAGCGGGGAUCGCCAGGGAGGCACAGCAGUCUCUGUCCACUGUUAGGCUGGAGGUGGAGGAGCUAGAGAAGGAGGCGCUGGUGGGGCAGCAGGAGCUGCAGAGGGUGGAGGCGGCCACGCUCUCCCUGGAGGAGACCGUCCGGGAGCUCAGCGCCUCUGCUGAGAGCUUGCAGGCGCGUGUCUCCGAGUGCCAGAGCCACGUGACGGAGCUCCAGGAGGUGCUGCGUGCCCGCCAGGAGGCGCUGGGGGAGGCGGCGAGGGCGCUGGAACAGCUGCGGGCGCGGCGCGGCGCUGCCGCUCUCACCCUGACGGAGCGCGGGCACGCAGUGGGGCGACACCAGCGGGACGCCCUGGACAACGCAGCCAAGGUGGAUCGUCUGCUCAAAGAGAAUGCGUGGAUCUCCACAGAGCGCGCUCUAUUUGGCCGCCCCAACACGGCGUACGACUUCGCCGCCAGCGACCCAAGCGAUGCUGCCCGGAGGCUAUCGCGCCUGGAGCAGACACGCCAGCGGAUGGUGCACACCGUUAACGAGAGGGCCAUGAACUUGCUGGCCCAGUCCGAGGAGAAGUACGUGGACCUGAUGAAGAAGAAGCGGAUCGUGGAGAACGACAAAACCAAGAUCUUCAGCGCCAUGCAGGAGCUGGAUCUCAAGAAGAAUGAGGCUCUUAACCUGGCCUGGAGACAGGUGAAUGGAGACUUCAGCUCCAUAUUCUCCACGCUGCUGCCUGGCUCCCAGGCGCGUCUCACUCCCGUGGAGUCCUCUUCCUCCUCCACCUCCUCCACCUCCUCGCUGCUCCAAGGCCUGGAGUUUCGUGUGGCUCUGGGCUCCGUCUGGAAGGAAAAUCUGAGCGAGCUGAGCGGAGGCCAGAGGUCACUGGUGGCCCUAUCCCUGAUCCUGGCCAUGCUGCUCUUCAAGCCGGCUCCGAUUUACAUCCUGGACGAGGUGGACGCCGCCCUGGACCUCUCCCACACCCAGAACAUCGGACACAUGCUGCGCACUCAUUUCCUCACCUCGCAGUUCGUGGUGGUCUCUCUCAAGGAUGGGAUGUUCAACAACGCCAACGUGCUCUUCAAGACGCGCUUCGUAGAGGGCGUUUCAACGGUGACGCGGCAUACCAACGCCACCACCACCUCUCGACCAGCAGCCCCCUCCUCAUCCUCUACGAAGGGAAGGGGAGAGGGAGAGGAGAAAAAGGCAAAGAGAGGGAGACUGGGUGAUGAGUAGAGUAGCAGGGAGGAGAGGGGGAGUGGGGAAGAGAGAGACUAGACUAAUCUAGAUUUGAUGUUUUCGUGACUGCAGGGAUCCAUACUCUUUUGUUCUUUCGGUAAAGUCACGUAGGUAUAAAAUAAAAUGAAUUAAAUCACGUUUCGGGCGCAACACAAGCGUCCGUCAUCAGGUGGGACAACCACAGAAAGAGACGAUUGUUGAAGUGGGCAAAAAGUCUGCUUGAGUGUAAAGACUAGACUGUCCCAUCUCUCGUGUAUGUUAGAAAUCCACGUGGUAUAUAUAAAUGGAUCGUCAUACGACGUCUCUCCUGUCUCAUGGUGUUAUUCGUGAGAAAUCAGCAGGGUAUCUGUAAAUGAAUUGCUUUUAUGUCCUUCUCUUUGUGGCUAUGGCUGUGUCUCUAAUGAUGUCCGCGUCUAUAAUUAAUGCUAGAAUAAGUGUGGUAUCUGUAAAUGGAUCGAUCACUUGACAUCUACCGGUCUGCAUCUCCAGUUCUGUUUCUCUAGUUAUUUGAAAUCCGUGUGGUAUCUGUAAACGGAUCUCUGUCUUUCUCUCAUUAGGUCUCUUUUGUUAUUAAAAGUCAAUGGGAUAUCCUAAAGUGAAUUGCUUUACAUGUCUAUUUCUAAUUAGUUAUCGAUACUCAGUUUUGCCACUUCACAAUAGAAUAAAUGUGAUGUGUAAAUGAUUACUAAAAAAGUGUAUUACGUAUCUUAAAUGUCAAUGUAAAUGUAUCACUCUACAUCUUUACUUACGUCUCUGCUUGUACAGUAGACCCUUGAAUAUCACGGGGUUACAUUCUUGGAAAAUGACGCAAAAGCCAAAAUAAUUAAGCCUUAACCUACAUAAUGGUUAGGCACACGGCAACCAAAAAGGCUCAUCGCAAUUGAAAUAAUUUCUGUACUGUAUGACAAAUAAACAAAAAACUUAAUUUAAAUAAACGUGUAAAAACCCUAGACUAAAAACAUUCCUAAACAAUACUAGGUAGAAAUACUGUACUUAUCAAUGAUCUAAGGCGGGUGUACUUUUUUCCUAGGACUGGGGAGCGAGUGUAACGGUAUGAACCUGGUGACGCGAGUUUGAUUCCCGCGCACACCUAACCCCCGUGACGAUUAUCUGAAUCGGCCCUGUGCCUCCCCUAGGUCGACUCAGCCUUAAAUGAGUACCUGGUGCGAUGUGUAAAUGUCACCAAUGGGGAGACAAAGGCGGCCGGGCGUGGUACUGGCAGUUCCGGCCUUCAUAGGCGCUCACGAACAGCACUUGCCCCAACAGUGUUAAUAGGCGACACGGGAAGUCUGCCAGAUGCGAGCACAGCAAAGGUUGAGGUGCCACUGACUGCCUCAUCCACCCGAAAUCACGCAACCAAUGAUACAGUACUUCCGUGUACAGUAUACCCGUCAAAGGCCAAAACUAACCCUGGCGACAGCUACAUUGGUAUUUACAGGUUGCCUGCGUUAGGUUAAAACCACAAACGAUAAACCGCGAUAUUCAAGGGUCUCCUGUAUACUUGGUAGGGUAUCUCUAAACGGAUCAUUAUACACCUGAAUGUUCCAUCUUCCCAUGGGAUUGUGUGUGGGAAUGCCAACGGUGUCAUGAUUGGCCUUUUUGGAGGAGGCUCGUGAAGGAUGCUACCGUGAUGCUCAAAACAACGACCAGAGUGCCAGGAGGCUAAAAUACAGCAAGUUGGCACAGUAGGGGACACAGCUGGUGCCAUCUGCCAGUCAACCCAUGGCACCUGGGUCUGUCCCAUGACCUGUUGGUGAGCCUUCAACACUUCAUGGCCUUAGUGUACCUGGCCUGGCACAGGUGCUGUCACUGCCACUUAGUAGUGAAUGGCAACUAUUGUUGGUUGAGUUGCGGUGAGGGAUGUAGACGUGGUUGUGAUGGAUGAUGCUGUAGUUGUCUGCACACUGCAAUAAUAAACUGCUUUUGCAAAGUC